AUGGCGAAGCUCAACCAUGGUAGCAGGGACAAAACUGACAGCAUGGCAAACAUGAUGGUAGCAUUGAACAUAUUCUAUUCACCUAUUAUCUUCCAAGGCGCCAUGUUUGGGGUACUGCUCCUCACUAUAGGCAUCAGCCUUAGAGUCGUGGCCAUCCACCUCCAUGCACUAGAGCAACUUCUGAAGGAGUGCGGCAAGGACGCCAUCCACAGGUACCUCUACCAUAUCAGCGCAAAAUGCAGAAAGGAUCCUCUAUCCAUCAAGCAGAAGUCUGGGUGA